AAACUACGGAUAUCACGAGAUAUUCCCUUUAACAGAGUGACACGUGUAAAGCAUGGUCCCGAGUUUAGAGGUCAGAAACCUAUCCAAGUCCAGUUUGCUAAUUACAAUGACAAGGAAGACGUUUUGAGAAAAGCAAAGUUAUUAAAAGGAGGAAAUAUUCAUAUUUCAGAGGAUUUCUCCAGAAAAGUUCGUGAGCAGAGACAAGAGUUGAUUAAGUUUAUGAAGGAAAUUAGAUCCAGGGAUCCAGCUCGUCGGAUGGUUCUCAGGUAUGAUAAACUGUAUAUGGGCCGGGAUGUGUUUUUCUACAACGAUGGAACUCAGCGAGUAGAAAAACUUCAUCAUCAUUUAGACACAGGUUCUCACAGUAAUCCUGUCCUGGAGAACCUGAUAACCGAGGAUGCCAGGAAUGCUCAUGAUGCUGCUCUACUCAGAAGACCCAGAUCUAAACUAGGAUCUCGAACCAGAACUCCAGUUCUCUCCAGACAAAACUCAAUGUCUAUGGAUGAGCUUAAUCACAACGAGGAUUAUAAUUAUGGUACACCCCAACCUACUCCCUUAAGACGACCAGCCACUAGUAGGUUAAGAGGAGUUCAGAAAUCUGCAUCAGCUGAUUACCUAAACUCAAUGCCUACUCCUACCAGGCUCCUUGAACAAGCACGAAACAGAUCUUCUAUGAUUCUUCAGCCUGAAGCAUACACUAAUCAGACUCCGUCAAGACAGAAGAAUGUCGAACAACACUCCAAAACUUUUUCAUCUGACGAGGAUACAGAGAUAGCUGUAAAUAUCCCAGAUACUCCUAAAAAAUCUCUAUUGGUUAAUGGCUCUCCGACCAAAACCAACCCAUUUCCUAGACUAGCAGUGCCCAGAAGUGCUAAGGAAUUAUUACAUAAGAUUUUAUCACAAAAGAUUGGAAGAGAAAGAAAAUCUGUUGUUUUCAAAGAUUCUAGUGACGACGAAGAUGAAAUUUUGGAGUUGAAUGUGAGUAAUCAUAUCCAGGACACGCCUAGACCGGAAUUAGAUGGAGAGUGUAAACUAGUUGUUCCAGCAGUAGGAUCCAAUUCAACAAUAAGUCGGCCCUCCUCACCAUCCCUUCCUCCCAUCUAUCCUCCAGCUAUCACACCCUAUUCUUCAACUACCACGCCCUCAUCUUCAGCUUCACCGCACUCUUCUCUAGUCAACACGUCCUCUGAUCUUAGUACUGCACUGGUUCCUGUACUGCAGAGUUCUAAUGGUACCAACUGUACAUCAGUGUACACAAACACUCCCAUUGAUCCCCUGGAUAGAUCUGUUGUACCGCUCAGCUCCGGGAAUAAUAUGAUUGUACAGCAUGUAACCAUGAACGGGAUGCCCCUGGUUAACUAUGAAAAAACUGAGAUAGUUCCCUUGAAUUUUAAAUCUGGGAUUCCAGCAGCAAUUAAUUAUACAAAUCAUAAAUCUGCACACAAUAAUUCAGGAAAACUGCCACUAACCUUCUCAUCCCAUUUCAAUGGUGGAUCCAGUAAACCAACCAAUCUUGUCAAAACAUCAAGAGAAGGAACGAGUUCACAGACGGGUAUGCUAAAACUCAAUGUAGCAAUUGCUGGAGAGUUUUCAAUGGGAGAGUUCAAGGAGAAUUAAUCAAGAGAAUAUCACUGAACAUAACAUUUAUUCCUAAACAGGCCAGAGAGGGGCAGGGGGUGGGGGUGCAAGCACUAGCACUCUCAUUUUUGGACACAAGUUUUUUUUACUUGUAAGGAAAUGGUAUUUUAAGGGUCUUUCUAAAAUAAAAUUUUUAGAUCUUAAAACUUUAAUCAUAAAAAAAUUAUUUUAGA